CGAUCCUUCAGUACAAUAUCCAAACAAGAGCAGUGAUAUAGAAGUUUUUUACGGGUAUUAUGGUAAUAAAAGUAUUGAAGCUGAGGAUGGCAUUUGCAUUUGUAGCAGUGCUUCUUCAUCUCUUUCCAUUGAUAAGCUGCGUCGUUGAUCGAAGCCAAUUUCCUCAAGAUUUCCUCUUCGGAACUGCAACUUCAUCUUAUCAGGUUGAAGGGGGUUACUUAGAAGGCAACAAAGGUCUAAGCAAUUGGGAUGUUUUCUCUCACAUACCAGGAAAAGUUACGGAUGGAAGCAAUGGAGAUGUUGCUGAUGACCAUUACCAUCGUUAUAUGGAAGACAUUGAGCUGAUGCAUUCCCUUGGAGUGAAUUCCUACCGAUUUUCCAUAUCCUGGGCGAGGAUCCUCCCAAAAGGAAGGUUUGGAGAGAUUAAUGGGGCAGGAAUUGAAUUUUACAACAACAUCAUUGAUGCUCUCUUGCUCAAAGGGAUCCAACCUUUCGUUUCAUUAAACCAUUAUGAUCUUCCUCAAGAACUCGAAGACCGAUAUGGUUCAUGGUUAAGUUCUCAAAUGCAAGAAGAUUUUGGAUAUUUGGCGGAAGUAUGCUUUAAGUCUUUUGGGGAUAGAGUAAAGUACUGGACCACCUUCAAUGAGCCAAAUGUCAUGGCGAAAUCUGGUUACCUUACUGGGGGUUGCCCUCCCAACCGUUGUUCCCAACCGUAUGGCAAUUGCGCGGCAGGCAACUCUACAAUAGAGCCAUACAUUGUAGCCCAUAAUGUCAUAUUGGCCCAUGCCACUGCGUUCGAUAUAUACAGGAGAAAAUAUCAGGCUACACAAGGAGGUUCUAUCGGGAUCGUGAUAAGUGCUGGUUGGUAUGAACCACUUAGAGAUAUUCCAGAAGAUCGUUCGGCAGUUCAGCGGGCCCUAGCUUUCGACCUUGCCUGGUUUCUGGAUCCUAUAAUUUAUGGAGAUUACCCUUCUGAAAUGCGCCAGAUAUUGGGAUCAAGACUACCGACAUUUUCACCGAAUGAUCAAAGAAAAUUACAACAUAAAUUGGAUUUUAUUGGAAUUAACCAUUAUUCAGCUAUCUAUGUACAAGACUGCAUGUUUUCCACAUGCAACUCGGAUGCACCUAGAGAAGACACAAACAUAUUAGUCACCGGAGAAAAGGAUGGUCAACUGAUUGGAAUGCCGACUGCAAUGCCAAAUUAUUACGUGGUACCAUGGGGCUUGGAAAAGAUUGUAAUGUACUUCAAGGAAAGAUACAACAAUACGCCUAUGUACAUCACAGAAAAUGGAUAUGCACAAGAUGGUAAAAAUGGCACUUCUAAGAAAGAGCUGCUCAAUGACAUGGUGAGAGUAGACUACCUACGUAGCUAUCUGACUUCCCUUGCUGCAGCCAUCAGGAAAGGAGCUGAUGUGAGAGGCUACUUCAUAUGGUCUCUAAUUGACAAUUUUGAAUGGUUGAAUGGGUAUACGCUACGAUUUGGGCUUUAUCAUGUGGACUACAAUACAUUGGAGAGAACUCCAAAACUAUCCGCCCAAUGGUACAAACAAUUCCUCAGCAGCCCCAAGAUGCUAAAACAGAUUGGUGGUGGUCAGUGGAGAUCAUGGCGUGUACCGUCCUAGUCUCUAUGCAAAUGUCUACGCUGUAUAUACUAAAACAGAUUGGUGGUGGUGAUUGGAGAUCAUGGCAUGUACCGUAAUCUCUAUGCAAAUGUGCACAAAGUAUAUAUGAUAUUUUAUUUAUGUUGUGUAAAAUAAUAUUUUGGUAUUGCUUGGACUAAUUAGUACAUGGUAGUCUACCAUGUUAUGUUGUAUUUAGUGGAUAAGUGUAUGCUCUAUACUGUAUUCAAUUCAUCUCUAUGUAGGCCUGUCACAUGACAUGCCUAAAAGGAUGUAAUAGAAUUACUUUGAUUGUUGAUUA